AUGGCGCACAACUUCAGCACCGUGUCCGCAGGACCCCACCAUGAAGACUAUUCGUACAUGCUUUACGCAACAAGGCAGACGGUUACUGACCUGAGCGACGGUUCGAGUUACCUUGAGACGGCCAUUUCAUGCUUCCAUGAAGAGGAAAGGUGCCGCCACCCUGAGAAGGACACGCGCCGAGGCGUACACCGUACCAAAACGACCAAAGCUUCGAUUCCUCCCACUUCCGCCGAUCCCAGCACCAUCGCGCUGCGCGCCCACCUCGAGUCACUUCCACAAGAACUGUACGACGACAUCUACAACCUGACUUUCACUGUCGACUCGAUUUGCAGGGGUAAAGACCAGAUCACACAACAAGAUCUGCAGAUCCUUCAAGUCAACCGCGCCACUCGCCAUCGCCUCCUACCAGAUUUCUUCGCAGGUGGUCUUAAAACGGAGUACAACGUCAGCAUGUCGAAGCCCGAUCCGAAGUUCCCACUUUGGAUCAUGGAAUUUCCCGACUUCCACAAGCCACUGAUCGACAACUUCGAGUGUCAUUGCGAGUACGAAGCGAGCAUCUUUGCCUGGCGGGCCUCGACUGAGACUCAUCGGAAGACUCGUGAGAAAGAGAUCAUGAAGGUGCUUUUGCACAGAGGCUUCUGCGUGAAGGAUGGAGGAUGGCAGGGUUGUGUGAGGGCUGUGUUUUUGGAUGACUGA